UUGGAGAAAAACGUCAGCACGGACUUCCUUUGGGAUAAGCGAACAGGCCUCGCUGCAAAAACGAUGCCUCAUUCACGCCGAUACCCGUCAUCGGAGAGGGGUCGGCGGGGCAGUCACCGGGAACGCUACCGCAGCCGAAAACACCGGCGUCGGCGUAGGACGCCCUCCUUCUCCUCCAGCAGCGAACGGGAGCGCAGCCGCUACAGGACCAGGAGCCGCAGUCGCAGCCGAGACCGCGCAGACAGACGAGGAGGAGGAGGAGGAGGUGGAGGAGGAGGAGGGCGUAGGAGAGAAAGCAAUUACCAGCGUUCCAGGAGCUAUGACAAUCGUUCGGUGGAGCACCGGCUGUACGAGCGGCGUUACUAUGACGACCACCGGCUGGACUACAGCUGGGGUCGAGAGCGAGAGCGGGAACGAGAGCGCGAGAGGGAACGCUGUCUCGCCGAAGCCUACUACACCCACUCCGACCUGCCGCCGCCGCCUCCGCCGCCGCGUUGCUACGACUACCGGGACAGCGGGGAGGGCGGGGACUCUUUCGAGAGGCGGAGCAGUCGGCGGCAGCAGAAACGCCGUCGCCGCAGAACCAGAACCAGAACCAGAACUUACAGCCCCUCAUCCUCAGCGCGGAGCGACAGUCGGACGCGGGCGUCGGCUGUGAAGGACGAUGAGGAGGGUCACCUGGUUUACCGACCCGGAGACGUCCUGCAGGAGAGAUACGAGAUAGUGAACACGCUGGGUGAGGGCACUUUUGGCAGAGUGGUUCAGUGUAUAGACCAUCGCAGGGGCGGUUCUCGGAUUGCCCUGAAGAUCAUUAAAAACGUCGAGAAGUACAAAGAGGCAGCGAGGCUGGAGAUCAACGUCUUAGAGAAGAUCAACGAGAAAGAUCCGGAAAACAAGAAUCUAUGUGUGCGGAUGUUUGACUGGUUCGACUAUCACGGUCACAUGUGUAUCAGUUUUGAGCUCUUGGCUUUGAGUACCUUUGACUUCCUGAAGGAGAACAACUACCUGCCCUACUCCAUCGGCCAGGUCCGACACAUGGCCUUCCAGAUCUGCCUCGCCGUCAAGUUUCUCCACGACAACAAGCUGACUCACACGGACCUGAAACCCGAAAACAUCCUGUUUGUCAACUCAGACUAUUCCAUCACCUACAACGCCGAGAAGAAGCGGGAUGAGAGAACAGUGAAGAGCACGGCUGUGAGGGUGGUGGAUUUCGGCAGCGCCACGUUCGAUCACGAACACCACAGCACCAUCGUCUCUACACGACACUACCGCGCUCCAGAGGUCAUCCUGGAGCUGGGCUGGAGCCAGCCGUGUGACGUGUGGAGUAUCGGCUGUAUUCUUUUUGAGUAUUACGUCGGGUACACGCUUUUUCAGACUCACGAUAACAGGGAACACUUGGCUAUGAUGGAAAGAAUACAAGGACCAAUCCCUUCCAGAAUGAUCCGCAAAACCAGGAAGCAAAAGUAUUUUUACCGUGGGAGACUGGACUGGGACGAAAACUCUUCAGCAGGACGUUACGUCAAAGAGAACUGUAAACCCCUCCGAAGAUAUCUGUUGUCGGAGGUGGAGGAGCACCAUCAGCUCUUCGACCUGCUGGAGGCCAUGUUGGAGUACGAACCUUCCCGACGCAUCACUCUCUCCGCGUCUCUCCGUCAUCCCUUCUUCUCUCCUCUCCGCGAGAGCGAGCACACGGCCAGCAGCAGCAGCCGCGACAUUAGCCGAUGACCCCUGUGGCCCUCUCACCGUUUCACACCUCCGACCCGUCGAAAAAAGGGGUCACGGCGUGUCACCGAGCAAGGGGGAGGGGUAACAUUUAAAAAACCUGACGCUGCGACGCUCCUGUCUUCUACCUCUCGUCCUCACACUCGUUCUUCCAGAUCCCUCUCUUCCUUUGCCUGAUCUCCUCUUCCCACUGCCAUGUUUCAAAAUAAAAGAAGACAAAAAAAAAAAAACGUAUCAGGUCAGAUUAAAGGCGGGACUUUAGAGUGCUAUUUGGAGGACUGCGUGUGUGUGUCUAUUAAAAAGGACAGUGAUUGACAGUUUUUUCCAGCCAGUCAUCAUUCACAAAUAAGACAGGGAGGUAAUUAAACUGAAAGGAUGGUUGAUAGAGUCAUCUCUAAAUAAACCAAGAGAAGAAAAACGUUUUCCUCUGUUUAACAAGAAGGUAGAGAGAAUAUUAGUAUGAAUGUAAAGCCGA